AUUCUCAUCUGGUUGGUUGCUGCUUACACGAAUUUCACGAUCAAUUUAGAUUAUUCUUCUUGGUUGUUUACUUUUUAGGUAUUUAAAAUCAUCUACAGUUUGUACUAACUUUACUUAAAUAGACAAACAAUGUCAGUGAUAGAAUUUUUAAAAGAUCUCCCGUCGUACGACGAACAUAACUUCACCCUUUUCAAUACGGAUCAUGGCAUCAGAAAUUGUUCCAAAAGACCGUCUAUAUAUCUGCCUACUAAGGACAUACCUUCCGAACAAAUUAUUGUUACAGAAAAAACAAAUAUUUUGUUAAGAUAUCUACAUCAGCAAUGGGAGAAAAAGAACAACAACUCUCCGAAAAAACGAGACCAGAGUCACAUUGAACAAAAUGGUGAUGAGAGUCGACCCCGCAAAAGGCCAUGUCUCAACUCUCCACUUAACUGAAAUCACUCCGGUACAUCUACAAUUAGUUUGUGCUUCAGUUAUAGACUAUGCAGAGUGUACGGCAUUUUUAUAUUAACAUUUAUAUUCCAAGUAAUCAGGUCGAACUACACUAUGAUCCGCGAAACACACUGGUUUCACGUUUUUUGGGAAAUUUCUUUUAUCAUUCUGAAGUGCCAUUUCAGCAAUUACAUUAUGUCACUGUCACAUUUCGUAACUUUUGAGUUACAUUUCAGUAUGUUGGAAUAAAAGUAUGAAUUAUA